AUGGAAGGACAAGCUAAACAAGUUGUGUGCGACUGUGGAAUUCCAUGCCGUAUGCAGAUUUCCUCCACCGAACGAAAUCCAGGACGGAGAUUUUACGGCUGUUCGAAGAGAAAUAAUCAAUGCGAUUUUUUUGCGUGGGUGGAUAACGACAUGGCCUAUCAGAUGACGAUGGUCAGGAAUUUGAAAAGUGAGGUUAAUGGCAUGACUGAAGAACGCAACAAAGCUCUACUGGAACUAGUUCAUGCCCAUACUCAGGUGGCGGCUAAAACUGACGAACUGGAGCAACUUAAUGAGGCCUUCGAGGGAUUGAAGGAGUCCAUUGAGAUGUACCACGAAGAAAAUGUGCUUAUGAUCCAGGAUAGUGGUCUGCAACUUAUGGAGAUAAACACUCUGAAGAAACACGUCAAGCUGAUGGAAGUCAAGUGCUCAGACAUGGAGAGGAAAAACAAGAUCAUGAGGCUUGGUUUUUUUGUGGCAUUUACAAUUGCCGGUUGCAGUUUAUCCGUUGCUUGUUUGAAGAAAAAAUGA